AUGGGUCAGCGCCUCAGCGAGGAGGGCGACCCGGACAAAGAAAUAGAUGUGGCCGAGCUGCAGGAAUGGUACAAAAAGUUUGUGGUGGAAUGCCCCAGCGGGACGCUGUUCAUGCACGAGUUCAAGAGUUUUUUCGGGGUCGCCGAUAACAAAGAGGCUUCCGACUACAUUGAGAGCAUGUUUCGGGCGUUCGACAAGAACGGGGACAACACCAUUGACUUUCUCGAGUACGUUGCGGCUUUGAACUUGGUCCUUCGGGGUAAACUGGAGCACAAAUUGAAAUGGACGUUCAAAAUGUAUGAUAAAGAUGGGAGUGGGUGCAUUGAUAAAACCGAGCUUCUUGAAAUUGUGGAGUCUAUUUAUCGACUGAAGAAAGCCUGUCACGGAGAGCUGGACGCAGAGUGCAAUCUUCUGACCCCAGACCAGGUCGUGGACCGGAUAUUUGAGCUGGUCGAUGAAAAUGGAGACGGUGAACUCUCCCUGGAUGAGUUCAUCGACGGAGCGCGGAGGGACAAGUGGGUGAUGAAGAUGCUCCAGAUGGACGUCAAUCCGGGGGACUGGAUCAAUGAGCAAAAACGCAGCGUGACCUUCUGA